AUUUUAGUUUGCAGUGGCCUUACUUACAGAGUAGAACAUGAAGUACUUGUGUUGGAUCUUACUGACCACGUCAGUGCUGGGUCAGUUCACCAACAAGCUCUACCGAAACUUUUUGCAGGAUAAUAAUAAUAAUCAUUACAACAUAAUUGCCUCACCUCUUUGCGUCGAGAUUGGAAUGAGCAUGAUCCUCAUGGGAGCGGAAGGAAAUACAUCCAAAGAACUUAGGACGGCUCUGAAUCUGCCAGAGGAUAAAAAGGAAGUAGCUACUAAAUAUGAUGAGCUUUUGACUAAACUCGAAAGGCGCAAGAAGGUAGCCAUUCUCCAUUUGGCGAAUCGCUUGUUUGUCAACGAAACAAUUGGUGUUAACCAGCGCUACAAUAAACUACUCAAGAAGUACUUUAGGGCCGAAACAGAGGCCAUUAAGCUGGCCGAUCAAUCGAAGGCAGCCCAGGCUAUAAACGAUUGGGUACUUGACCAGACACUCGAUAAUGUGAAAGACAUUAUAAGACCAAGUGACGUGACGCCCGAUGAAAGUGCGGUCAUGAUUAACGCAGCUUUCUUCAAGGGCUACUGGAAGACACGAUUCGAAAAGAAGAACACCAAGUCUAAGACAUUCCAUGUAUCCAAAAGCCACAAAGUGAUAGUCAAUAUGAUGUCUCAAGUGGGUCGAUUUAGGAUGCGUACCUCGCCCAUUGACCAAAUUAUUGAGCUGCCUUUCGCAUACUCAAACCUUUCAAUGGUAAUCGUUCUGCCCAAGGACAAUGGCUCGCUAGAUCAGGCAGAAGCCACUAUCGAGAGUUACUUACAGAUAGUCCUCCCUGAAAUGGAUGUACAUGUGCAGCUUUUUAAAUUCAAAAUCGAUUUCCGCACCGAGCUCGUCGAAACUCUUAAAAGCAUGGGCAUAAAGGAUCUCUUCAACAGUUCGUCGGAUAUCAGCACCCUACUGAACCAGACUGGCACCAGAAUCAGCCAAGUCGUACACAAAGCCUUCAUAGAGAUCGGCGAAGAAGGCGCGUCCGCAGGAUCCGCUUCUGCAAACCUCGUUCGAGGAUUGUCUGAUUAUAAAGGCAGUGUGGCUUCUUUUACAGUCAAUAGUCCCUUUGUCUUCAUGAUUCGGGAUAAUGACAACAUAUACUUUCGUGGUCGCGUCGUUAAUCCUUUGAAGAAGAGCCUACCCAUCAAUGGUAGAAUUAUAUAGAAAGUAAUGGGUACCUGAUAGUCGAGAAGGCUAUAGCGUUCGCCCUUGUGUUCAAAGUUUAUUAAAACGUACACACAUCCAAACAACAAAGUUUCGAAUUGCAUACAAUAAAGGAAAAUUCCUGUCGUCCCU